AUGUAUCAAAUCGAAGAGCAUCUAGCGCCAUUACCAGGCGUUAUUACCAACUCACUAUUAGACGAAUCCAGUUCCGACAAUGAUUCCAGCGUUGAGGUUACCUCUAUUGUCGAUGAAAAUGAAUAUGAAUUAAUCAAAUGGACUAAUUAUUUACAAUUUAAUUCAGACUUGGACGAUGAUAGCGAUGAUAAUUAUUCUUCGACUCAAUCUGCAUCACUCGUUAAUUAUUCGUCGUCAGAAUCAUCCAGUGAUGAUGAAAACUUAUUACAAUCAUCUCAUCAAGCUGCAUCUUCUAAUAACAACAGCACUGUCGAUACUACGUCUUCGUCAACAUCAACUACCAUUAAAAAACGUAAGCGACGUCAAUGGACCGUAAACGAAAAAUUAAAUGCGAUCGUCUACUUCGAAAAGAACAACAACAAAUCUCAAACAGCCAGUGAUAUCGGAUGUGCUACAAAACAACUUCGUAAAAAACGCACGCGUCGCAAUGGAGCUGGUGAAAGAUUAACUUAUGUGGACCUUGAUUCUCGUUUACUUGUCUGGUAUCGUCAAAAACGUACUGAUCCUGGAUCAACAACAACACCUGUUGCUGAUAUUCGUAAAGAAAAAGUGACAUUUCGUUAUCUUCAACGUCGUGGACGACAAUUAAGCCAAGAAUUAAAUCACCCAUGUCCAUCAUCAAAAUGGUUUGGUCGUUUUCUCGUUCGCCAUCGACUUUCUCUUCAACGUCCAAAACGACAACAAAAAUUUCCACUCGCCGAAGUUCAUCAAAAAGCUACUUCAUUCUAUAAUUAUCUACGACGAGCUAGUCGAUGGGCUCCAAAACGUGGCCCAAUGGGGGCCUUUACUCCUCGUGACGUAUUCGAUAUGGACGAAUCUCCACUUGCAUUAUUCGGCGAUCAAGCAAAACGAUCAAUUAAUGAUAUCAACACUUGUAAUGAAGUAGAAGGAUGUUUAAGUAAUAAAAGAUUUUGCACGGUUAUUCUUACAGUCUCAGGCGAAGAUCAACGUGUUGACCCUGUCCUAACUCUUCAAAAUUAUACGUAUGAUCCAUCCGUAAUUAAUUGUGUAUCAUUAAAUAUUAAUGACGACGAUGAUGAAGAACAAAUUCAAAAUGCAGCUACAUUAGCUGCAGAACAACAUAAAAUUAUAUUAAAUGAAAAAAAUAAACAAUUAAAAUUUACUGACUUAUGGAAAAAGUAA